GAGUUUGAGCCAGGACCGGGAGGGCAGGGGUAGAAACACGGGUUGGGGCAGGAGGCGUCUAGAGCGGUGGCGGCGGCAUCCGGAGUAGCACUGAGAUCUUCCGGUGGCGAGAACUGCGGUCAUGGAUCAUAUUACGGUACCCAAGGUAGAAAACGUGAAAUUGGUGGAUCGUUAUGUGAAUAAGAAACCAGCUAAUGGGAUUCUUUAUCUUACUGCAACCCACCUGAUCUAUGUGGAGGCUUCAGGUGCAGCCCGGAAAGAAACAUGGAUUGCACUCCAUCACAUUGCCACUGUGGAGAAGUUACCCAUCACUAGCCUGGGCUGUCCCCUGACCCUCCGCUGCAAGAAUUUCCGGGUGGCCCACUUUGUUUUAGACUCUGACCUUGUGUGCCAUGAGGUUUAUAUUUCACUGCUCAAGCUUUCUCAGCCAGCAUUACCUGAAGAUCUUUAUGCUUUUUCUUAUAAUCCCAAAUCCUCAAAAGAGAUGAGGGAAAGUGGAUGGAAACUGAUUGACCCAAUAUCAGACUUUGGGCGUAUGGGAAUACCCAACAGAAACUGGACCAUAACAGAUGCCAACAGAAACUUUGAGAUAUGCAACACCUACCCUCCUGAAAUAGUGGUUCCUAAAUCUGUUACCUUGGGAACGGUGGUUGGAAGUUCAAAGUUCAGAAGUAAAGAACGUGUUCCUGUGCUCUCCUACCUCUACAAAGAGAACAAUGCUGCCAUUUGUCGCUGUAGCCAGCCUCUCUCUGGAUUUUACACUCGCUGUGUAGAUGAUGAGCUCUUGUUGGAGGCCAUUAGCCAAACAAACCCAGGGAGCCAGUUUAUGUAUGUUGUAGACACAAGACCAAAGUUGAAUGCCAUGGCCAACCGAGCAGCUGGGAAGGGGUAUGAAAAUGAAGACAACUAUGCCAACAUUCGCUUCAGAUUCAUGGGCAUUGAGAACAUCCAUGUAAUGCGGAGCAGUCUGCAGAAACUCUUGGAAGUUUGUGAAUUGAAAACUCCAACAAUGAGUGAAUUUCUUAGCGGCCUGGAGAGCUCAGGGUGGUUAAGACACAUUAAAGCUAUUAUGGAUGCUGGAAUUUUCAUUACAAAGGCAGUGAAGGUAGAAAAGGCCAGUGUCUUAGUCCAUUGUUCUGAUGGGUGGGACCGCACAGCACAAGUCUGCUCGGUGGCUAGCAUCCUCCUAGAUCCAUUUUAUAGGACAUUCAAAGGACUCAUGAUCUUGAUAGAGAAGGAAUGGAUAUCCAUGGGCCACAAGUUUUCCCAAAGGUGUGGCCACCUCGAUGGGGACUCUAAAGAAGUGUCCCCUAUCUUCACCCAGUUCCUAGACUGUAUCUGGCAAUUAAUGGAACAGUUUCCCUGUGCCUUUGAGUUUAAUGAAAACUUCCUGCUAGAGAUUCAUGACCAUGUUUUCUCCUGCCAGUUUGGAAACUUCCUUGGUAACUGCCAGAAGGAUCGAGAAGAUCUAAGAGUCUAUGAGAAAACACAUUCUGUGUGGCCUUUCUUGGUUCAGAGGAAACCAGACUUCAGGAACCCUCUCUAUAAAGGCUUCACUAUGUAUGGGGUACUCAAUCCUAGUACUGUGCCCUACAACAUUCAGUUCUGGUGUGGGAUGUAUAACCGCUUUGACAAAGGGCUGCAGCCCAAGCAGAGUAUGCUAGAGAGCCUCCUGGAAAUUAAGAAACAGAGAGCAAUGCUGGAGACAGAUGUGCAUGAACUAGAAAAGAAACUAAAAGCCCGUGAUGAGCCACCAGAAGAGAUCUGUACCUGCUCUCAAUUAGGAAACAUAUUAUCCCAGCAUCUGGGAAGUCCUUUGACCAAUCCUCUUGGCUUUAUGGGUAUCGAUGGAGACCUGAAUACCUUGAUGGAGAAUGGCACCCUAUCCAGGGAAGGAGGCCUCCGAGCUCAGAUGGAUCAAGUAAAAAGCCAGUGUGCAGACCUCCACCAUAACUGUUGUGAGAUUGUGGGCAGCCUUAGGGCCGUAAAUAUCUCUGGGGAUGUGGGCAUCUCUGGAGGGACAGGCAUCUCUGAGGCCGUGGGCAUCUCUGGAGACAUGAGCACCUUUGAGGCUACAGGCUUCUCUGAAGACUUAGGAAUGUGUGGGGCCAUGGACAUCUCUGAGGCCACUGGCAUCUCUGAAGACUUGGGUAUUUCUGAGGCCAGGGGUUUCUCUGGGGACAUGGACAUCUUGGGGGACACAGGCAUCUCCAAGGCCAGCACCAAGGAGGCAGACUACUCCAAGCAUCAGUGAGUUAGUUACUCAUCUUCCAUGCUAGGUAUACCUACAGCAGCUACAAUGAUUCUUGUCCCAGAGAGGGCUAUGCUGCUUUUCCAAUUGGUUUAAGUGGGUGAAGCCAGGGCACCCCUCUCCCCACUUAAGUCUGGAAGGGAAUUACUUUACUGAUUAAGUGACCAAUAUGUUCAUAUUAAGCAGUACAGAGUGUAGGCAAGAGAAAGAAUAUGUUAUUGUUCUAAAAUGGGAUUUAACUAUAGAAAUGUUGCCUCUCAGCUGAGACAUAUAUUAAGCUGGUUCUACUGUCUGUUUUCCUUAAUGAUCGACCUGCCCUAUUUUCUAUCCUCACUGCUGUAAUGUGAAAGUGAAGUGGAAAUAUUGUCACAAUGGUCAAUAAUGACCCUUUCGAGGGUAUGGAGAGAUGGUAUACAGCAGGUAACUGUGAAUUGCAGAAUAAAUUAAAAGAAAAUUUUACUUUCAGGUAUGCUUGGUCAUGGGAUGUUAGCUAACAUUAUUGCCAAUGGAGACAUACAAUAUUUUCCUGAGAAGGAAAUCAAAAUGAUGCUUAAUUGUUAGCAUGAGUGCAUGGGUGCUUGGUGGUUUGAAACAUGUAAGGAAAGUUUUCUUAAGUUUACAACACUUGCUUUCCCCAACCCACACCCCAGCUACGUCCUGUAAUAAUACUUAGCCAAUUCCUUUUUUCAUAGAUAGCCCAUAGGUAAACUUAAAUCUACUACAGUCUAAAAUUAUAAAUUUCAAAUUAAUGGGAUUUGAAUUAGUAACAUUAAUUGCAUCAGUUCAGGAAGUAACUGAAAAUCUCAGUGCUUCAGACUCAGACUGAGACAUGGUCUGUGUGCCCAUCUGGGUUUGUGCAAAAUAGGACCCUUUUUAGGUCUUUUUAUGAAGACAAGUGGUUUUGCUUAUCUAGAUAUCACAUGAGGUUUGUGGAUUUUUUAGACACAAUUGGCACUACUUUUAAAUCUGGUAGGUUUAUCACCUUGUGCUAAUGUAUAGUUUUGAAAAAAGUCCAUUCUGAUAGCAGAUCCAGAUACUCCUGGGGAGAAGGAUGUAUUUUGAUUUAAACACCAGUUUUUCUCCUAGGGGUUGAUAUACUUGAUGGGCUUUUCAUCUGUCCUAUUGGAUAUUCAGUCAUGAUUUUGCUACUUCCACAUACUGAGAGUAGGAUAGGCCUCAGUCAGUUUGGGUCAUGCUCUGUAUAUUCUCAGCAAUUCCAGAACUCUUAAUGCCAACAGAAUCCAGGUCUUCACCCAAAAUCUGUUCCAAAUAUUCUAUAUUUGGCUUAAGCUAAAACAAUAGAUGACUUAAAAAGGCAUCCCUUGAUUAUCACAUCCAGUUGUGCACAUAGAAAUCUCUAAAGGAUUACCUCAUUAGGUGCUUUUCUUUGAAAGAAAGAGGUGGCUUUUAAGGGUUUAAUUUAAACAUAGGAGAGGAGUGCCAGCAUAGCUCCUUGAUUUCUUAUCUCUAGCUAUAAACUGUAGACCAAAAACAUCCUCUUUAGUGGAAGAACUCUAAAUCAUUUUGGUUGUCUUUUUUUAUAUGUAAGCAGGAGUCAUUUUUCUAUUUACUUCCUCUUGGUAAAUUUUUAAUUUUUUGAUUUUGAAGAACUCGUAAUUUAUUUGGGUCUUUCCCAUUAAUAAAUAAGGGCCAUAUUUUACUUACAUAUUCUUGAUAGCUGCCUUGAUCCUAUAAUUUUAAAGCAUCAAGAUGAUUUCCUUUUCUUUAUCUCUCUGUUCCUCCUCUUUCCUUGCUUUAGUCCUUGCUUUAUAUAACCUAAAUCAUCAGAUGUUGCCAGUUGUCAUUUGACUUCUUUUGGAAAGAAAAAAAUGGGGUUUGUGCACACCAUUUUAAUCUGGAGGCUACAUCUACUCCUGGCUUUGUGAAGGAAGUUUCCAAAAAGGAUGACGGUACCAAUCUGCCUCCAGUGAGCCAUUCUGGAUCUUGCUCCCAGAUCUUUCUCCCAUAUCUCAAUCUGUAUUUUGCAGUUUACUAACUAGCAUGAUGUUCUGGAUAGAGUGUGUUUAGUUUUCAGGGAAGCUGAAAGUAAAAAGGUAAAUGGCAAGAUGUAGUAGUUUUUGCAAAUUCUAUAAAAAACUAAACAGUCUUGAUUUAUUCCUAAAGAUCUGUACAGGGACAGUACAUAGUACCUAAUCUUAUUUCUUAGAUCAAAAACAAAAUUAGUCAAUAGUGAAAGGAAGGUCUUUUCAAUAUAAUUCUAAACUAAGAAGUAGUAAACCACAACCCUGGUAUUUCCAAAAGCGAAAACAACAUUUUUAAAAGACUGGAUUAUUUUGUUAAUUAUCUAAGGCCAUGGGAUCAAUCUCAGUCUCAAAAUCUGUGAAGUCAAUUUGUUUUGUCUUUGAUAUUUUUAUUCCCCAACAUGCCACAUUAUUGCUUACAUAUAAAAUAUACAGAACUUAAAAAAAAAAACUUCAUGAAAAUCAACUAUUUAUUCUCAGCACCAAACACCUUUUAGUUUUACAGUUGGAUUUAAAAAUCUGAGAGAAGAAAAAGAUGGAAUCCAGGUAUUUACACACUAUUAAAAGCAGAUUAGCUAUCUAUAGGUAGGAGCCCAGCAAUAGUGAGGAGACUCUUGAAGGCAAGUUGCCGGGAGUACUAGAAAAGAUGAUCUAUUAAUGGCUUUCACUUCAUACUCUGAUAUAGCACCUAUCCUGUGAAAGAAAUGUGACUCCCUUCACCCACUGUUCUACCUUUCCAGUUCCCCAAGCAGAAAUUCCAUUCUCAUGUGACUACUCUACUUAAAUAGGAAGGCAUUUAACCACCUGCCACUGUCAUCCACUAAUCUGACCUCUGCCUACUUUCUACACAAGUUUCACAGGCCUGGGGUUACUGCUUAUCUUUUCUAUGCAUGAGGCAGGCUCUGUUCCUGUGCUUGUGACCAUGCUCAGAUUCUACUGUGGCCACCACUUUAAAAAUUCAUUAAUUAUUUACUUAGCUUAUGGAAUGACAGAUUUAUCACAGUAAUAAAUAAAACAAUUUUAAGUAACAAAUAACAGCUAACAGUUUGACUUUUUAAAGAAUAAAUUCACGAAUAAGGUUUGCUCUAGUAAAGAAAACCUGAAACUCUAUAUAGAACUAACUACAAGAAUCUAAAGCUUAUGGUGCAUAUAUUAGACAUGUGUAUCUUUGGAAAGUACCCUUAGAAAUUAUGUUCAAUUACCAGCAAGUCAGUUGUCAUUGCCUGCCAACAUGCAUGAAACACCUUUUGUCUGAGAUACCCCUCACACUUCACUGGCAGUGAGACCUUUCUCAGAACACUUCCAGCCAAAAGGAAUCCAAGUCUUUUUAAGAGGUGCUUUUCAAACCUAAUUGGUAACUAUUUAAGCUUGGUCUUAAUUUAGUAGAAAGAGAAGUUUAAUAACUAAAGAUGAUCAUGUCAGUUCUUUGUUACAUACUGGCUUUUAUUAAACACCCAACUCUUCUUGAUGCUAAUUAGGCUUUGAUAUACUAUUGGGAAGUCUUUCUAUGAGAGUAUUUUAUUAAGUGUCCUUUUUCUAAACAAUUGUAUAGGGUAAUGUAAAUUACCUUUAUGUUAAAAUAUCCUUCUUAAAAGGGGUUUACUGUACUCCAGAUUGGUUUAUACCUAGGAAGAUAAUUCUCACUUUAUUAAUUUCCAAUGUGUAUGAUUUAGUGAUAUCUAAACCAAAUCUUUACCCCACCUUUAGGCGUCUCACUCUGAGAAUUCUUUGUGUGAUACAGGCAGAUAUGAUUCCAACCAAAUCUGGUUGCUUUAUUCUAAGUGCCAAAUCUAAACCUGCCUUUUUCUGUACACAUUUAAAAACAAACAAAAAGACAAGGCUUAAGCCUUACAUGUUAUUCCUGUUUUUUUUUUAAAUAUACUGUGAAGAAAUGGUUGAGCUGUCAGGCAAAAACAGACAAAUGGAAAGAUGUGAGGUCAUAACGGACUCUUGUUUUCUUGUCCUUUUAAAGGCAGUGGUGAUUUCAAAGUAUUUGAUGGUGGCAUAGAAACUUUUCCAAAGCAAAAAACAAAAACAAAAAACUUGCUUUUCAAGCCCUAUAAAACAUGUCUUCUCUGAUUCCCUGGCUGUGAUACUGACAGUCUUUGCCUUCCCCUUAAAUAGGAAGUACUAGUAUUGUCACCAGUCUUGGCAGCCCAUGUCUCCUUUACAUGUCAAUGCAAGUAAAAGCAUGUUACAUUCUCUGUGAUUUGUGACUGUUUUCACAAAAGAGAAGUGUGCUUUGAAAGCACCUGUCUCCAUGCACACGUAUGUUUAUUGUGGCACUAUUCACAAUAGCAGAGACUUGGAACCAAGCCAAAUGUCGAACAAUGAUAGACUGGAUUAAGAAAAUGUGGCAUAUAUACACCGUGGAAUACUAUGCAGCCAUAAAAAAUGAUGAGUUCAUGUCCUUUGUAGGGACAUGGAUGAAGCUGGAAACCAUCAUUCUCAGCAAACUAUUGCAAGGACAAAAAACCAAACGUCGCAUGUUCUUACUCAUAGGUGGAAAUUGAACAAUGAGAACACAUGGACACAGGAAGGGGAACAUCACACACCGGGGCCUGUUGUGGGGUCGGGGGAGUGGGGAGGGAUAGCAUUAGUAGAUAUACCUAAUGUUAAAUGAUGAGUUAAUGGGUGCAGCACACCAACAUGGCACAUGUAUACAUAUGUAACAAACCUGCACAUUGUGCACAUGUACCCUGAAACUUAUAAUAAUAAUAAUAAUAAAGAACAUAUUCCAAAAAACCAAAAAUAAAAAAGAAAGCAGCUGUCUCAUUUAGACCCACGGGUCUUGCAGAGCUGAACAAAAAUAUGCUCAGAAGUUGGCAUGUGUGAAACCAAUGGCUUCCAUGUUAACUCUGGUGUCCUGUCUCUUGGUGCUUUUUAAAGAAUUGGGGGUAGCCUAAAAACUUUUCUCUCUUCCAAAGCUUUAUUAACCUUUCAAACAUUUUCAUGGCUUCGUACUCUUAACUUUUUAGAGGGCUCUACACCAGCCUUUACAGAAUCCCAGUUGUGGAGAAGGAGGUGGGAAGGGUCGGGGGAAGAGAGUAAUACAGAAAUAUACCUGGCCAGUUCAACAAAAAAAGUAUAUACCUAUCCAUGAUUACCAGCAUUCCAGUUGUUUAAAAUUUCAUGUGCUCCUUGAGAUUAAAUUGUUCACAAUAAGGUCCAAAAGUCUUUUCCAAGUGGUACUGGGACUAAUAUAUUUUCUUUUUAAGGCUUUUACACUGGUAGAAACUGUUUCCUUAAGAAUGCUAUGAGUUGUGU